AGCCAGGUUGGUCUUUCUCUUCUCCUUCGUGGAGCCUGGGUGAGGUUUCAGAGGCGGUGCGGCGGCGUGAUUGAGCAGCAGGCGCAGCGCACAGCGGCGGCAGGCUUGCACUUGUUCAACCUGGCCGAGAAGUUUCACGCUGUUUGUUGAUUCGCCGCACGCUGACACUCGCACUUUUCUCCUGAGCUGCUCCUGUUGUAUCGCCUGUAAACAACAGCUUGGUUCAGGGUUCGUCACUAAUGUACACAGUGAGGUAUUGAUCCGGCGCCGCGGGGGCAGAACGCUGCCCUGGACGGGGAACCACCAUGUGAAACCUGGAUGUGGCUUCACGAGAUUUUGCCGGGCGGGAGGUUCUCUCCGAGGAGACUGACAUUCCUGAGCUCCCUCACCUCGGGGCAGAGGGAGGAAGACGCUGUCCUGCGGCGCGCUGACCCCGGUGUUGUUGUGCCGCAGACAUGGAUGGGGUGUUGGAGGCCGCCACGGCGCUGUGUGCGAGUAAACUGGCCUGCAGCCUCCUCUUCCUGCCCUCUCUGACCGCCUGCUUCAGUCCCGUCAGCUUCUGCAGCUGCUGCCUGCUGGUCUUCACCGACUUCCUGCUCACAGUUUCCCUGAGCUUUGUGUGCGUCCUCCGGUUGUGGCUGUCCAUCCCUCUGGCUGAUGUGGUCGCCCUGCGCUUCCUGCUCUUCCUGAGCCACACCUACGGCGCCGUGCUGCUGCUGAGCGCGCCGCUGAUCGCCUUGGAGACGCUGGUCCGGCUGCUGUGGCCUCACGCCGUCUCCGCACACAGGAAGAGCAGCCAGCGGCUGGACUGUCGAUCUGCGAAGGAGACGGCAGCAGCAGAAGAAGAGGAAGAAGAGGAGGAGGAGGAGGAGGGCAGAGACAGGAAGCUGUUCCAUGUGGUGGGAUACUUCUGCUGCCUGUCGCUGUGGGUCAUGGUCGCCGUCAGCGUCCGGUGGAAAUGGCGGCUGGCGGAGGUUUGCGCCGCCGCCUGCCUGUACACGACCGACUCUUUACUGCGCUGCCUGCCCAGGAUGCACGGCCUGCUGCCCGGCGUGAGGCCCCCCUGCUGGGGGACGCUCCUCCUCCUCCUCCUCCUCAUCCUGCUCCUCCUCGUCCUGCUGACCUCCGGCCUGGACAGCCGGCCCCGGGCCCCCGCCGCCCCGGUUCCCCCGGCGCCGCUCGCCGUUUCCUGCGGUCACGGCGUGCAGAUGUCGGCCCGUCUCCAUGGAGACUCGGUGCUCGCCGCCCACGCAUGUUUGCCUGGGAAGAGUGGAGGACGGGAGCGCGACAGGACGGAGAGCGGCGUCCCUCUGACAUUCAUCCCGCAGGAGGAGGCGGACCUGCCGCACAGGUGGCGAGUCGGGGCUUUCCCCUGCCCGGGGCUGGAGGUAAUGAUAGGCUUGGGGAGCGUGCUCGCCGUCUUCGUGCUGCCGCUGUACCUGAGCGUGAAUAUUCUGCUCGUCCGGACUGUGGAGACCCUGCUGGAGGACUGCAUCGUGUCCCUGGUUUCUCCUCCAGAGCACCCGGCAGACGCCCCCCCCUCACACAGUGAGACGCUGGUGUGACGGCGUGCCGCCCGCCGCCCGCGGGCGAAAACACACCGGCCUCCGAGCAACGUCUCACACGUGAGGAAAUAACGUGUGGAAAGAGCCUGAAGGAGGCGAAGCGGCAGGUCGGGGCGUGCUCGGCGGGACGAUGCGAGCGGAUGACUGGAGGCCUCCGCUCAGCGCCCGGAGCCGCCGCCGCCGCCGCCGCCGCAGGGCGUUAACUCACACAACACCUCCUCUGGCUGUCAGGGCUGAAAUAAAAGAGCUUGUUCUGUGGUUUCGUGUCAGUCCGGGGAUCAAGCAAACACUCUGUCGACACUACUGACAGUGAGCAGCUCGAACAACACGUCUGGAAAACGCUGGAUCUUCUGCUCACUUCCUGAAUCAAAUCUCACCGGUGUGAUGUUUCUGACCAAUUUACAACUCAUUUAUUUCAAAUUAAAUAUCCUGUUGAAGAUAUAAAUAAUAAAGACAUGGUGAAGGAACAGAUUGAUCACAGACCGACUCUUAUCACUCAACCCUUAAAUCACUGAAAAAACUUUGGACUUUGGAGUUUAUUUCAAGAUA